AUGAGCUGCAUGCACCUGUUGAGCGAGGAACAGCUGGCGCUGUUGGAGAAGGACGGCUUCCUCAUCGUCAACGACUUCUUCACGCCCGACGAGCUCCUUCCCGUCCUCAAAGAGGUCGAGGAGAGGGUGGACAGACUGGCGCAGCGCCUCUACGCGGCCGGGAAGAUCCAGCACCUCCACGCCGACGCGGAUGUCUUCCACCGCCUCACCCUCCUCGAACAAGAGUUCAAGGGCGCCAGCGUGCUCAUUCACACCUCGGGGGUAAUGGGCACCGAGCUGGCCAAGAUCUGGUCGCACCCUCGCCUCCUCGACGUAGUCCAACAGAUGCUCCCGAGUAGUGGUGACGAUGGCCAGCUCGCUGGCCACCCGGUCUGGAACCUGCGCUCGAAGACGCCCGGCAAUGCGCUGGCCACGGUGCCCUGGCACCAGGACUGCGCCUACCUGGCGGCCGGGGCCGAACGCACCAGCCAACCGACGGCGUGGAUCCCCCUGUGCGACGUCGACAGGUCCAUGGGCACCCUGCGCCUGAUCCGCGGCGCCGCCAACCUGCCCGUGCUUCCACACCACCUGGAGCGCAACAGAAAGGGCAAGUCCUCACACUCGGAGCAAGAGGAGGGCGACCAGGGCAGCUGGUACCUCUACAUCAACGAGGACGACCUGCCCGCCGGCGAGCGCGUAGACUGCGAGAUGAAGCUGGGCUCCGUUGUCUUCUUCAACAACACCAUCCCCCACUGCUCGGGCGACAACACGUCGGACAGGAUUCGGUGGAGCGUGGACUUGAGGUGGCAGCGGAGCAAUGAGAGUUCGGGCUUUGAGGCCAUCAAGGACCUGCUGCCCCUGCGCGACGCUCAGGGCGCCGAGGUCGCCGGCUUUUGGUCGUCGUGGCGCGACUGGGCGUCUGUGAACCGGAACGCCGCCCAGAAGGACACCCGCUGGCACUCAGCCGACCAAGACGAAUUCGACACUGUCGUUGCCGGCCCGUGGAUCGCUCGCUGGGCGUAG